GGUGUCAGAAAACGUGAGUUGCGGAGAGUCCUAAUUUGAGGUAAUUGUUUCUGCAACGCAUGCGUGACACCCAUACAGUUGCGUCUUGUGUCUCCAUUCCAAUUCCAUGAUCUCUUCCUUACUCACCUUUGACAUCCACAAUUAAGGCUUCAAUUUUCAUGCUCAGACAACCCUUCUCUUUAGUUUUGUGAGAGUCAUGAUUUUCUAGCCAUAAAGUUGUAUGUAAGGUGCCCAAUAAGGGUCAAGGGAUUGAAUUGGACAUCUUGGCCCUGCAAUUGUUCGUAUCAUCAAAAGAUAUUUUUUUGGGUAUCAUUUGUAUGAUAGUGACAAAUGGGGGCGUCUUCGGACAACGUAACUGGGUUUGUUUUGGCUGUCUGUUCCAGCGUUUUCAUUGGCUCUAGCUUCAUAAUAAAAAAGAUGGGCCUUAAAAAGGCUGGUGCCACAGGGAAAAGAGCAGGCGCGGGAGGACAUGCAUACCUAUAUGAACCUUGGUGGUGGUUUGGAAUGAUCUCUAUGAUUGUUGGGGAAGUAGCCAAUUUUGCAGCUUAUGCAUUUGCUCCUGCACUACUUGUAACUCCUUUGGGAGCUUUAAGUAUCAUUUUCAGUGCAAUACUAGCUCACUUUAUCUUAAAAGAGAGGUUGCACAUAUUUGGUGUGCUUGGAUGUGCUCUUUGUAUGGUGGGAUCUACAACUAUUGUAUUGCAUGCUCCCCAUGAAAGAGUUAUUCACUCUGUUAAGGAAGUGUGGCAACUUGCUACAGAACCAGGCUUUCUAAUCUACAUGUGUAUAGUUGUGGUUGUGGUUUGCAUCCUUAUUUUCUAUUGUGCUCCACGAUAUGGGACAACCUAUCUGGUUAUAUAUGUUGGAAUAUGCUCUCUCACAGGCUCAAUUACGGUUAUGAGUGUGAAAGCAGUGUCAAUAGCUAUGAAGUUAACAUUGGAAGGCAACAACCAAUUCAUUUACUUUCAGACCUGGUUCUUUACGAUUAUUGUGAUAGGAUGUUGUCUUUUGCAGAUUAACUACUUGAACAAGGCUUUGGACACCUUUAACACUGCAGUUGUAUCACCAAUUUACUAUGUCAUGUUUACAUCAUUCACCAUCUUUGCCAGCAUAAUCAUGUUUAAGGAAUGGGACACACAAGAUGCAUCUCAAAUUGCUACCGAGGUUUGUGGCUUUAUCACAAUUUUAUCUGGGACCUUUCUUCUUCACAAAACCAAAGAUAUGGGAAAUAGACCCAUAGAGUCUCCUGUUUUUGUAAGUACUCCACAAAAUGUUAGUAGUCACUCAGGGACUUAAUAGCCAUGCUUCUUUUUUUUUUUUUUAACUCUGGUCUGGACGACAAUGGUAUUUCACCUAUGUUUCCAAGCUAAGUAGACAGCUUUCAACAAUGGAGAUUAAGCUAUGGUAUUUCAAGGAGAAGAAGGUCAGUGAAUGAGUGGUAUUGGCUGGUUCUAACAAGCUUGUAAUGUCAGAAAAGGCAAAACAGAAAUAUGAAGCGUGAAAGAUUACAAGAAGCAUUUCAGAAAAUAUUAGAGAAUAAUGCUGCAAUUUAGUUUCUUGUAAUUUUUUUAUUUUAUUUUCCCUUUAACAAUUUCUAUGAGCAGAUGAUUUUUAUGUGAAAUUGUGAAUAGCUAAUACUCUGAAGUUGGUCUUCAUUAAUAUGAGAUCACAAUCCUUGAAAUCCA